AUGCUCGAUGCUGGCAUGGCGGGAACGGGAAUGCCUCGCAGCGCGAGCAGUGGGAAUCUGGCGGGCGUGGGGAUGAGUGGUGCGGGAGUGGGGAUGAGUGGUGCGGGAGUGGGACUCACCCCCACCUUGGGAACAAUGCUUGAUCCCGCCAGGGGGGGUGGCGGGGUCCCUAGAAGCGCCAGCAGCGGGAAUCUGGUGCGAAUGGGGCAGAGAGGUGGGGGGAUGGGGUUCACCCCCCCAAUGGGUAGUCCGAUGCUUGAAGCUGGCAUGGCGGGAACGGGAAUGCCUCGCAGCGCGAGCAGCGGGAAUCUGGCGGGGAACAUGGGCGGCAGCAUGGGCGGCAGCAUGGGCGGCAGCAUGGGCGGCAGCAUGGGCGGCAGCGUGGGCGGCAUUAGAUUCACUCCCACCAUGGGCACAGUGCUUGGGAGUCCCAGGGUCCCUCGAAGCGCCAGCAGCGGGAAUAUGGGCGGCAGUGGGGCGGGCAUGGGCGGGAGUGGUGGGGGCGGCAUGAGCAGGAGCAGUGCGGGGGGCGGGAGUAGCGCGGGAUUAAGGGCGCAGCAGCAGCAGCAGGCGCAGCAGCAGCAGCAGGUGCAACGGCGGCACAAGGAAAAAGAAGCUGUAACGGGGGAAGGCACAGGCGCAGUAGCAGCAACAGCACGAGGCGAAGCUACCAGAAAAGAGACUGCAGGAUCCACAGCAGGGGCCCACCCAGGAGUCCGGCCAGGAAAGGCGGAUGUGAAAGCAAUGGUGCGGGCAGCGGGAGAAGGAGGAAAGUCAGACACGAAUAGCACGGUGCAGGCAGGAGCAGGAGGAGCAGGAGGGAAAAAGUCCAAGGCAAAAGCCAUGGUGCAGGCAGCGGGAGCAGGAGGAAAGGCAGACGUGAAAGCAGCCGUGCAGGCAGGAGCAGGAGGGGAAAGGGUGAAAGAGAAAGCUGCCAAGAAUGAGACAGCAGCAGCAGGAGGGGCAAAGGUGGACGUGAGAGCACUGGUGCAAGCAGCUUUGGAGGAGUGGCGGAGGACGGAGGCAGCAGCAAUGCAGCAGCUGGCAGCCUCUGUGCUGGGGAAAGGGUUAUCGGACGUGCGCAAGGUGUAUCAGCUGGGGAAGGAGCUGGGGCGGGGCAACUUUGGGGUGAUCAGGGAGGCCGUGGAUUGGGUGUCUGGGGAGCGUGCUUCAUAUGAGUUUCGCCUCUCCUCUCCCUCACCUUCUCUCCUCUCCUUCACCAGUGCUUCAAAUGAGUGUGGAGGUGGUACGGGCGCUCAAGUGGGGCAUGCAGCUCCUUUUACAUUGGAACCCCUCACUCGCCUCUUCUUCUCCUUCUCCUCCCCAUCCCAUCCCACCUGCCAGUGCAUGGAAGACUUAGCGGAUCUUCGGAGGGAGGUGGAGUGCGUGGCCGACUUAGCGGAUUUGAGGAGGGAGGUGGAGGUGGAGUGCGUGGACGACAUAGCGGAUCUCCGGAGGGAGGUGGAGGUGAUGCGAGCGGUCAAGGGCCAUCCCAACAUUGUGUCGCUCGUGGAUACGUAUGAAGAUGACACGGACGUGCACAUGGUGAUGGAGCUGUGCGAGGGCGGGGAGCUAUUCGACCGCAUUGUUGCGCGCAAACACUACAGAGAGCGCCAGGCAGCACAGGUGUGCCGAACUCUCGCCGACGUGCUCCGCUACUGCCACUCCCAGUGCAUCCUGCAUCGCGACUUAAAGCCAGAGAACGUGCUCCUCGUCUCCACGCGCAGCGACACGCGCGUGAAGCUCAUAGACUUUGGCAUGGCCUACCGCUUUCAGGAAGGCGAGCGCUGCACGCAGCGCGCCGGCACUCCCAACUACAUUUCUCCAGAAGUCAUCGCGAAGAAUUACGGGACCGAGGCGGACGUGUGGAGCUUAGGGGUGAUUCUCUAUGUGAUGCUGUGCGGGCUGCCGCCGUUUUGGGGCGAUUCGACGGAGGAGAUCUUCUCGAGUAUUCUGUACGAGCCGUUGGAUCUGGAGACCGAGCCUUGGCCGGACGUGUCUGCCGCGGCUAAGGACUUGGUUCGGCGGAUGCUGUGCCGGAGGUUCGACGAGCGGAUCACGGUGCCGGAGAUCCUGA